UUUUAACCUCAGCCUCUGCAUAUCUGCAACGUGCAGCUGGAUGUGGGCAGUGGAUCUCGUCAAGGCCUAUGUGCAUGCCUUGUGGGCUAGGCCCUUCACCGUGUUGGGAGUGAACAUCGUAGUCGUCUUGAUCGUGCCCGGGAUCGCCAGACUAGCUGGAAACAACGACCCAGAUGAGAACGCCAUCUCUCACGUCUUCGGGCAGGCGUCGAUUUGCGUUGCCAUGGACUUCCCCGGGUGGUUUGAAGCCGCCACGACCAUAUUCUUUUUCUCAGGGCUUUCAAGUGGCUACGCAGUCUACGAAAUUUAUCGCCACUGCAAAGAGAUGUGGGGAGGGAAGCAACUGCCUUUGGGCAUCUUCAUGGGCGCAGUGAUCCUGUUGAUGAACCUCUUCUGGAUGGUGGGACUCUUCAACCCCGUCACCGAUCACAGCUACGGCCGCGUCCUGGCGCACACGCUGCCGUACCUGGGCCUUCAGCUGGCGUACUUUGCACUGAUGGUGUUUGUCCUCAUCGCUCUCCGUCCAGUUUGUGGCAAGUGCCGCCGAGUGUCCUGGUACGCUGUGACCGUGGUCUAUAUGUUGGGCCAGCUCUUGGGGUGGUUUAUGAUCAUCUACACCUUUGUGGAAUUUGCUCGACAUGAAGGGACAGGUGAAAAUGGCUACAAGGGCCCCAUGAAUCGCUACGCGCACGUUUUUGCCUAUGCUGAGCCUGGCAUCUUGCUCUUCUGCUGGCUUUCCUUGAUGCUGCACCCGCUGAAACUGGAGGCGUCCCCCAAGUCAAAAGAUGAAAAGGCAGAGGUGGAGGUUUGAAAUGGCAGGGCUCUGGGGCCUUGUCUCUGCUCAGUGAGUAUGGCCCUGGCUGAGUCAGGUCUGUGUAUCUUUUUGCAUCUCUUCUGCGGUCUCCGAAUGAGUCAAGGAAGAUGAUUAUCAUCUGCCCCAGCUGCGUUUUAAGCGCUGGCUGAUACGCAGGCAUGAGAGUUGUAGCUCUGCUUUUGGAAUGGCUCAAAAACAACAAGCCCAAUAGUGGG